AUGAGUUCAAUACUACGUUAUGAUAUUGCACGAUAUACCACUAUCAUUGACGAUCAAGCAACAAUACCCGAUCAGUUCACUUGCGACAUUGUUAGGAAAUUGAAUUAUUAUAUCAUGACAUCGACUACUUUUACAAAUACAGAUGAUAAUUAUUAUGAAUUAGGACAAGAAUUUAAAAAACUAGCUUCACUUGUACCAACAAUACCAAAAGAUGAAUGUCUUUCAGAACUUGAAUUUAUUGAAAUUGUUAUUGCUUAUAUUCGACAAUUACAACAACUUCUUACACAUGAUCAAUGGAGUGAAUGUUUAAAUAAAUUGGCAUCAUCUAUGAAGAAUUCUCUUCUAUCAUCAACAUCUUCACCUCCCUCUUCUCCACAUGCAACAAAUCUAUUGAAUCAAUUAAUACAUGAAUCUCCACGAACACAAACAAAUGAAAAUUCAUCGAUAAUACGCCGAAGUCCAUUGGCAACCAUUAAUCUAGACAAUACUCGAUUAUCGUGA